AAACCAUAAGACGAAUUGUUCCAUUUCUACUUUUUACUACUAAACCAUACAAUCCGUUUAGUAAUAACUCAAAGUUAGUGAGAAUGGGAUCGUGACGUUUUCAAUUACCUGACUAAAGAAAUAAGCGUUGCUCUUUAUUAAAAUCUUUACUAAGGAAGAGCGAAGGUGAGAAAUUUACCAAUUUUGUUUGACUGUUCUAUCUUUCAUAGAUUCUAUGUACACAUUGAAGAAGAUUUCCUAAGAAGUGAAAAAUGGCCCCAAAAGUUGGGGUGAAGGAGGUGUCAAUUCACAACUUUGCCUUCAUGCCAUUCCGCCUCCUCUCCUUCGUCACCCUGGUCAAAUUCUUCUUCAAGAGGUACAAGAGGCCCGGGCUGGAUCAAAAUCCCGCCAUGGAGUGGUGCUAUGAAACCCUCGUCAUGCAGAGUAAACCGUAUUCCUACAUUAUCGCCCAACUCCCCGAGAAUCUGAAGGAUGUCUUUGUUGUGUGCUACCUCUGGGCGAGGACGGCGGACACGAUCGAGGAUGACUACAACAUUCCGGAAAGUAAAAGGUUUGAAGAUCUCACAGAAAAAUAUCCCCUACUAUUGAGAGAUAACGAACUGGGGGGUUUCACGAGCGAUGUGGAAUACGGUAUGAAUCCCGCAGAAAAAUAUCUUAUGAAAAACACCACCAAGUUACAAGCGGCUUUUAGCACGCUUUCCGCCGCUUAUCGUUCCCUCAUUCGAACCACAAUGUCCAACUUUGCCUCCUUAGCGGGGAGAUUCCUGGCCCUCCCGACACCCGAAAAGGUCGCGACCUUCGCCGACCUUGAAGCGUACAGCUGGGCCGUAGCCGGCCUGUUUGAACACCUUUACAUCGAAUGUCUCAUCGAGUCUGGAACCAUGGAUCGGGACGAAAUCUUCGAACGACUUGCUGCUGUCGGGUACGACUACGAUUUGGCACGACUUACCCAAUUCUGUCGGGUUAUCCGAGACAUCGCUGAGGACGUCUUGCUCCCCAUUCCGCGUCUUUACUGGCCAACGGACCUCGUGACUAAAUACUGCGAGAGCCACGCGGCCCUCUUGAAUCCCCAAAAUGUCACCGCGGCAACGAAAUGUCUCAACGAAAUGAUCUUCUACACGCUAAACCAUGUCGAGAAAGCCAUCACAUGUCUGAAAGUACUCAGCACAGCGCUUCCCGCCUCCUUCAGGGCAAGUUCCACCAACUUUUUACGGGAUUUCGCCUCUCUCGUGGUCCAGUAUAAUAAUCCGGACACGUUCAAGUACCAGAUCAAGAUAGGCUAUCUCGAAAUGGCAAAUAUUGUCAAGCACAACGAGAAUUUUAAGGACACUGCGAUCUUGGCGAAGGAGUUUGCUCAUAUCAUUUUGCAAAAAGUGGGGAAGGACGAUCCCAAUGCGGAAGAGCUUAUUAAGAAAUUGUACCACAUUAUUUAUCUGUGUGAGGUUUAAUUAUGUUAGAAUUAAAUUUUUUAGUUUGCUCUUAAAUAUUUGUAUGUAUGUAACUUCAAUGUUUUGCUCAGGAGAACAUUUUUUAGAUUAUCAAUUGACAUAAGAUGCUCACUAGUUAUUCAUGCAAUAAAAACUACAAAUCAAUCUGAAUUUCUAAUAUCAAACCAAAGUAUGUGUAGGACAUUCAAAUAUAAAAUGCAAAUACGCCUGGUGGCGUAUAUAG